CAUUAUAAAAUACGUUUUCUCAUUGUAAACAGUAUAUUUUUAUCACGGCACCUCCUCUCCCGAGAAAACAACAUGAAUCUGUGGUCCAAUGUUUUUACGAGAAUGGAAAUCUCAUCGCGAUACAGACGAAGGGACGCAAACGAAUACGUCGUCAGCUAAGGGAUCUAACACGUCAAACGAUGUUUGUCUAGAACCUGAUACUCCUUUAGUAACCAUUGCUCCAGCGAAGGAUGAAUCUCCAGUGCCAAGUCCUAAUCCAGCGAGUCCUGAACCAGCGAGUCCCGAACCAGCGAGUCCCGAACCAGCGAGUCCUGGACCCGCCAGUCCUGAGCCUGCAACCUCUGAUGUAGACAUCUUUGAGGAAACUGAUCCUACUGAUCCGGCUGGUGGUGAUGGAGAAGAGUGCUGAUUAUUACAUACAUUUUUUUAACUUUAUAUUUAUACUUUUUAGCGU